CAGCCAGCAUGGCUGUCUCUUUGCCACCUACCCUGGGACUCAAUUCUGCCCCAGAUGAAAUCCAGCAUCCACACAUUAAAUUUUCAGAAUGGAAAUUUAAGCUCUUCAGGGUGAGAUCCUUUGAAAAGGCACCCGAAGAAGCUCAAAAGGAAAAGAAGGAUUCCUCCGAGGGGAAACCCUCUCUAGAGCAAUCUCCAGCAGUCUUGGACAAGGCUGGUGGUCAGAAACCAGUCCUGACUCAAGCAGCAUUAAAGCCGCACCCUAAGUUUUUGAAGAAAUCCCAUGAUGAUGGGAAAGCAAGAGAGAAAGCCAUCCACCAAGCCAACCUUCGACAUCUCUGCCGCAUCUGUGGGAAUUCUUUUAAAACUGAUGGGCACAAUAGGAGAUAUCCAGUCCACGGGCCUGUGGACGGUAAAACCCAAAUCCUUUUACGAAAGAAGGAGAAGAGAGCCACUUCCUGGCCAGACCUCAUUGCCAAGGUUUUCCGGAUCGAUGUGAAGGCAGAUGUUGACUCGAUCCACCCCACUGAGUUCUGCCAUAACUGCUGGAACAUCAUGCACAGGAAGUUUAGCAGUGCCCCAUGUGAGGUUUACUUCCCAAAGAAUGCAACCAUGGAGUGGCACCCACACACACCAUCUUGUGACAUCUGCCACAAGGGACUCAAGAGGAAGAGUCAUCAGCCGAAUGUGCAGCUUAGCAAAAAACUCAAAACCGUGGUUGACCGAAUGAGACAAGCCCGUCAGCGCAAGAGAAGAGCUCAGGCAAGGAUCAGUGGCAAGGAAGUGAUGAAGAAGAUCACCAGCUGCAGUAAGAUACAUCUCAGUACCAAGCUCCUCGCAGUGGACUUCCCGGUACACUUUGUGAAAUCCAUCUCCUGCCAGAUCUGUGAACACAUCCUGGCUGACCCUGUGGUGACCAGCUGUAAGCAUGUAUUUUGCAGGAUCUGCAUCCUCAGAUGCCUCAAAGUCAUGGGCAGCUAUUGUCCCUCUUGCCAAUAUCCCUGCUUCCCUACUGACCUGGAGAGUCCUGUGAAGUCCUUUCUGAGCAUCUUGAAUUCCCUGAUGGUGAAAUGUCCAGCAGAAGAGUGCAAUGAGGAGGUCAGCUUGGAAAAAUAUAAUCGCCAUGUCUCAAGCCAUAAGGAAUCAAAAGAGACUUUUGUGCAUAUUAACAAAGGGGGCCGGCCCCGCCAGCAUCUCCUGUCGCUGACCCGGAGGGCUCAGAAGCACCGUCUGAGGGAGCUGAAGAUGCAAGUCAAGGCUUUUGCUGACAAAGAAGAAGGUGGAGACGUGAAGUCUGUGUGCCUGACCUUGUUCCUGCUGGUGCUGAGGGCGAGGAACGAGCACAGACAAGCCGACGAGCUGGAGGCCAUCAUGCAGGGACGGGGCUCUGGCCUGCAGCCAGCUGUUUGCUUGGCCAUCCGCGUCAACACCUUCCUCAGCUGCAGUCAGUACCACAAAAUGUACAGGACCGUGAAAGCCAUCACGGGGAGGCAGAUUUUUCAGCCUUUGCACGCCCUUCGGAGUGCUGAGAAGGUCCUUCUGCCGGGCUACCACCCCUUUGAGUGGCAGCCACCCCUGAAGAACGUGUCCUCCAGCACUGACGUUGGCAUUAUUGAUGGACUGUCUGGACUGUCCUCCUCUGUGGACGAUUACCCGGUGGACACUAUCGCGAAGCGCUUCCGCUAUGAUUCAGCUUUGGUGUCUGCUCUGAUGGACAUGGAAGAAGACAUCCUGGAAGGCAUGAGAGCCCAAGACCUUGAUGACUACCUGAAUGGCCCCUUCACUGUGGUGGUGAAGGAGUCUUGUGAUGGAAUGGGAGAUGUGAGUGAGAAGCACGGGAGUGGACCAGCCGUUCCGGAAAAGGCAGUUCGAUUUUCAUUCACAAUCAUGAAAAUUAUGAUAGCAAGUGGCUCACAGGAUGUGAAGGUGUUUGAGGAAGCCAAACCUAACUCUGAACUGUGUUGCAAGCCCUUGUGCCUUAUGCUAGCAGAUGAGUCUGACCAUGAGACCCUGACAGCCAUCCUGAGCCCUCUCAUUGCUGAGAGGGAGGCCAUGAAGGACAGCGAAUUAAUGCUUGAGAUGGGAGGCAUCCUCCGCACUUUCAAGUUCAUCUUUAGGGGCACUGGCUAUGAUGAGAAACUUGUCCGGGAAGUGGAAGGCCUUGAGGCUUCUGGCUCAGUCUACAUCUGUACCCUUUGUGAUGCCACCCGCCUGGAAGCCUCUCAAAAUCUUGUCUUCCACUCCAUAACCAGAAGCCACGCUGAGAACCUGGAGCGCUAUGAGGUCUGGCGUUCCAACCCGUACCAUGAGUCUGUGGAAGAACUGAGAGAUCGCGUGAAAGGGGUCUCGGCCAAACCCUUCAUUGAGACAGUCCCUUCCAUAGACGCACUCCACUGUGACAUUGGCAACGCGGCUGAGUUCUACAAGAUUUUCCAGCUAGAGAUAGGGGAGGUGUAUAAGAACCCCGAUGCCUCCAAAGAGGAAAGGAAAAGAUGGCAGGCUACAUUGGACAAACAUCUCCGGAAGAAGAUGAACCUGAAACCCAUCAUGAGGAUGAAUGGCAACUUUGCCAGGAAGCUCAUGACCAAAGAGACUGUUGAAGCAGUCUGUGAAUUAAUUCCCUCCCAGGAGAGGCACGAAGCUCUGAGGGAGCUGAUGGACCUCUACCUGAAGAUGAAACCUGUCUGGCGGUCAUCAUGCCCGGCCAAGGAGUGCCCAGAAUCCCUCUGCCAGUAUAGUUUCAAUUCACAGCGUUUUGCCGAGCUCCUCUCUACCAAGUUCAAGUACAGAUAUGAGGGCAAAAUCACCAAUUAUUUUCACAAAACCCUGGCACACGUCCCUGAAAUUAUUGAAAGGGAUGGCUCCAUUGGGGCAUGGGCAAGCGAGGGAAACGAGUCUGGCAACAAACUAUUCAGACGCUUCCGGAAAAUGAAUGCCAGGCAGUCCAAGUGCUACGAAAUGGAAGAUGUCUUGAAACAUCACUGGUUGUAUACCUCCAAAUACUUGCAGAAGUUUAUGGAUGCUCAUAAAGCAUUAAAAAACUCUGGGUUUAGCAUAAACUCGCAAGCAAGCUUAGAGGACCCGUUAGGCUCAGAGGACUCUCUGGAAACUCAAGAUUCAAUGGAAUUUUAA